AUGCGCGCGGACCACGCCGCGCUGCUCGCGUGGCUCGUGUGCUGCGCCGCCGCCCUGCCCUCGCACAAGUACAGCACGCGCCUCGUGCGCACCAAGUACGGCCCGCUGCGCGGCAUCGUCGUGCACUCGCACCCCCAGGUCGAGGCUUACCUCGGCGUGCCCUACGCCACACCGCCUCUCGGAAGCCUCAGAUACAUGCCGCCGGUGACGCCGUCUCAGUGGCGCACGACGCGGCUGGGGGACGCGCCGGGGCCGGCGUGCCCGCAGGCGCCGCCCGCCGCCGCACCGCACGAAGACGCCCUGCUGCUACACCCGCGCGCGCGCAUCCGACACCUCGAGGCGCUACUGCCCCUGCUCACUAACCAAAGCGAAGACUGCCUCUAUGUUAAUCUUUAUGUUCCUACUAAUGGGGCAGAGGAGGGCGUUGAGGGCGAGGGUGUGCCGUGCGUGGUGGUCGUGCACGGCGAGUCGUACGAGUGGGGCGCCGGCAACGCGUACGACGGCACCGCGCUUGCCGCACACGGCAACAUCAUUGUUGCAACUAUCAACUUUAGACUAGGUGUAUUGGGUUUUUUAAAAACGGGUGCCAGAGGGUCGGCGCAGGGUAACUUCGGGCUGAUGGACCUAGUGGCAGGGCUACACUGGCUACGGGAGAACCCCCACCCCCAGCGCGUAACGCUCAUGGGACACGGCACGGGAGCCGCGCUCGCUAACUUUCUAGCUGUAUCGCCUGUUGGAAGUGAGCUACUGAAGCGCGUCAUCUUGUUAAGCGGGUCGGGUUUGAGCUCUUGGGCGCUGCAGAGAGAACCGCUCACGAUAAAAAGAAAGGUAGCGGAGCAAACAGGCUGUCAUGGCGACUUGUUGGAGGAUGACUUAGCGCCCUGCCUUCGAAAGCUACCCCUGUCCGCGCUGCUGGCCGUGCGACUCGAUCCCCCAAGGUUUCUGCCAGGUUUUGCGCCCUUCGUGGACGGAACUGUAAUUGUAAAUCCAUCAUCGGCCCCACCUCCUACGGACAACUCAAGACUUGGCGCGGGCGCGGCGGCGGUGGCGAAUGCUGCGGGACAUGAACUAGCGGACUUUUCUCAUAGAGAACUGCUAUUCGGGCUCACAACAACAGAAUCUUACUUGGAAUUCAAUGCUCAAGACUUGGAGUUCGGUUUUAACGAAAGUCGACGGGACCGUAUUCUGCGUACAUUUGUACGUAACGCCUACUAUUAUCAUCUUAAUGAGAUUUAUUCUACUUUGAAAAAUGAGUACACAGAUUGGGAUAAACCAGUACAGAACCCUUUGAGUGUACGCGACGCGACCCUCGAGAUUCUGAGUGAUGGGCGUACCGCAGCACCUUUGAUACGACUGGGGUAUUUACAUGCCCUAAGAGGUGGUACAACUUACUUUACACAUUUCCAUCAUCUUUCUCAAGAUAAAGAUUAUCCACAGCGACCGGGUUCCGUGCACGGAGAAGAAUUACCAUAUUACUUGGGUGUGCCGUUCUCUCAGAAUCAUCAUCAGAACUUUUCGCAGCAAGAACAGCGCGUCUCGAAGAUUUGCAUGCAUUACAUAUCCAAUUUCGUAAGAUACGGUAAUCCCAACGACCCAUCGGCUACUCCUCCACCUAGUACAUUAUUAGGGGAGACACCGCGCCUCGGGCCCGAUCAAAUGCUAUAUUGGGACACGUAUGACACAAUCAAUCAGCUCUAUAUGGAAAUUAGUAAUAAGCCAGAGAUGCGGAACCAUUAUCGAGGUCACAAGAUGUCGCUGUGGCUGUCACUCAUCCCGCAACUUCAUCGGCCUGGCAAUGACUUGCCCGAUGCCGCUAUGCGCCACCAUCACUUCCAAGACGACAAUGCUAAUUACUACGAAGGUGCUGUAAGACCACAAUCAAUAUCGAGGGCGCACAUUCCACUUGUUGUGAAUGUUGACAACCCGGGGCGCGGAGAAGGACGUAGUACGCCUUCUUCUCGAUCAGCUCAGCCGAAACCUUCCCCCGUUCCGCCGGUCAUAUCUACUGAGUGCCCGCCGAACGCAACGGUCGCACCAGUACACCCGGACGAUGCGUUACUCCGCCGUUUGGCGUCUUCUCAUUAUCAGUCCUACACGGCCGCGCUCACUGUAACCAUCGCAGUCGGAUGUUUUCUUCUGUUACUAAAUGUGCUGAUAUUUGCCGGCAUAUAUCACCAACGAGGAUCACGACCGAGACGUUCGAAAGAUGACCUUGGCGAGGCGGGCAGUUCGUCUUCCUCGGACAAUUAUGAUGCUAAAUUAGAUUAUGAAAUUCGUGCUUACGACGGAAAAGGGUUCGGUUUCGAUUGUAAGUCGGCACACGUGUCACGAAGUUCAAGUUCGAAAUAUGAUUUACGGACGUUAUCGGAUUGUGGAGAGCCCACGUUUGGGGAGUACAGUUGUUACGACGAGAAACAUCGAGCCGCUUGUAAUUCUUUACCGGAUGUCAGUGUGGGCAGUGCGAUAGAAGCGGGAAGUGUUGUGUGCAUCGAUACACAAAAGCCGGAUAUACAAAAAGUGGAAGGGCGUAUGCAGACGGAUCCAAUAGGCAGAACGAGUACAUUUGAACCACGAGUUGUAGAUAGUUCAACACAAGUUAAAUUCGGGCCUGUGCCAGAUUCCGAGGUUCCAUCAGAUUCUAAUGGAGACUCUGAAAAUGGAACGGCCGGAGGUUCGGGAAUCUUGAGGGCUCCGCCAACAAACACGGCCCCAAUGCCUCCUGGAAUUAUGAAGAAAAGAGUACAGAUACAAGAAAUAUCCGUAUGAGAUUUUCUAACUACCCCUGAGGUGGUUAUUAACAAAAGGACAAAGUUGUGAUUUAUCAGCCUAAUUAAAACUGUAUAUACCAAGUUUAAUGUUACGAUGUGUAAAGUUAUGUGUAAAUAUUGUAAACAAAUUAUUUAUAGUGCGAAUGAGGGACACGUAUUCAAUGAUGCCAGUGAACGAGUUGUAAAUAUACAUGUAAGUUGUGGAGAUUUAAAACAUUUCAAUCGUAUAUGAGGUAGAAUUGAAGGUAAUGAUAUAUGACAAGUUAAAGACAGAUUUUCGUUGUUCCAAAGUUAUUCUGCCAUAUUACUUGUGUGAACGUUAGUUACAUAUAUCUACAUAAGUUAAUCACACAUGUUUUCUAUUUGUUAAUCGAUUCCUAUCUUCGAUAAAUGGAGAAUAUUGUAAAAUAGAUAUUUAUGAACGUUCAUCUCAGUAUUAUGAAUGUGCUUAUUACAAUAAAUAAGUAACCAAAGACUUAUUGAAACAUACAAAUUGUGUAUAUAAUUUUAUCAAAAAGAAGUGUUUCAAGUGAACAGUGUAAAUUGCAUUUAAUAUGUUGUGAUUUUGUAAAGUUAAUUUAAGUGAGAUGUGUUAAGUUGGCGUAGUUUUUGAUAAGUAAACUCAUAUUAAAACAAGCAACAAAUUGAAAUUUGGACGAGUACAUAUAAUAUGGACUAUAUUAUUUUAUUAUUUUAAUGAAACAAGUUGCUUUAAUUUCUAAUAUUAUAUGGUAUACAGGGUAAUAGACCACAAAAGAAACAGUUUAAGGAAUUGUUCAACUAUGUCGACUGCAUCCGAACUCAUCUCGUAACACGUUUUUACUAUCAUUUGUUUUGUUACCAAAUAAAGUGUAACGUUAUAGUAAAUACUGUUAUGUUUUGUUAUCUAAACCCUCACAUACCAUGUACAACUUUUGUCUACCCAUCCGUAUAUGUUAUACAUAUGUUUGAAAUAUAAGUAUCUAAUAUUAUGUAUCACUAUAUUAAACUGCUUGCCGCGUACUCGUCCAAAAUUA